AACAUUAGGGUUUUACUCAUCAGUUUCAUCACAUCUCUCUAUCCUCAAAAGCUUGUAGCAUCAUGGGCCGCAGAAAGAUUGAGAUGAAGAUAGUGAAGGAUAGCAAUGCAAGGCAAGUCACCUUCUCGAAGCGUCGGAACAAGCUUUUCAAGAAUGCCUAUGAACUUGCUUCUCUAUGCGCUAUGCAACUUGCCAUAGUUGUCUUCUCACCAAGUGGAAAAGCGUUCUCAUUUGGAAACCCUAGCGUUGAUGAAAUAGCUCAACGCUUUUUCAAUAAGGAUUACACUAUUAAGGUUGAUCCUGAGCAACAGGUGAUAAUUGAUAAACUUAGCCAAGAACUCAAUGAGUUGCUCAAACAACUUCACUUGGAGAAGAAACGAGGAAAGAUGCUUGAGAAGGCUCUCAAAGAAAGUGGAGCAUCAAGAGAAUUAUUGAACAUCAAUGAACUUAGUUAUGAUGAGCUCGUGAAACAGUGGGCAAAGUUGGAGGAGCUUGAGAAGUCUUUGCAAGGCUCCAUCAAUGAAAUUGAGGCAUCCUCUUCAUUGGUGUUGUUGAAAAAGGCCGGCGGUGGAGAAGAAGAUUAUUAAGUUAUGGCUCAAGCCUGAAAAAGAAACUGUAGAAAUUACCAUCUCCCUUUUAUAUGAGCCUCAAGUACAUGAAUUAUGGCUAAUUUCUAUCUAAAUAAGAGCUAUCAUUGAAAAUUUU